AUGACCCUCCUGGUCCUCACCGAAACAUCGGCGGGCUAUGCGCUUCUCAAAGCAAAGGACAAAAAACUGCUCAAGCGGGAUGACCUUGCCUCCGACCUCGCUGGUGUCGAAAAUGUCACCUCAUUGCUUAGGCUGAAAGAGUUUCAGAAGUUUGACAGUGCGGCCGCUGCUUUGGAAGAAGCUGCUGCCAUUGUAGAAGGAAAGGUCACUCCUAAGCUCGCCUCAUUACUCGAUACCCUCAAAGACGAAAAGAAAAUCUCCUUGGCCGUUGCAGAUCCAAAGCUAGGAAAUGCGAUCGGAAAGCUCCCUGGCUUGGACAUCAAAGCAGUUGCGGACUCCACCACCGCCGACCUCUACCGUGCAAUCCGUGAACAUCUCCCAUCGCUGAUACCUGGCUUACUACCGGACGAUGUGAAAACAAUGUCUUUGGGUCUUUCGCAUUCGCUUGCAAGACACAAAUUGAAGUUCUCUCCAGACAAAAUUGAUGUCAUGAUCGUACAGGCCAUCGGAUUGCUGGAUGAUCUAGACAAGGAGCUCAACACAUACGCGAUGAGGGUCAAAGAAUGGUACGGAUGGCAUUUUCCCGAAAUGGCCAAAAUACUCAACGACAACCUUGCAUAUGCAAAAGUUGUAUUGAAAAUGGGCAUGCGGACAAAUUGGGAGUCCAGUGACCUGGCUGAAAUCCUACCGGAAGAGAUUGAAGCGGCCGUGAAAGCGGCUGCGGAUCGAUCAAUGGGUACCGAGAUCACUGACGAGGACCUUGAGAACAUUCAAAGUCUUGCCGAACAAGUGGUCCAGUUCACGGAAUACCGAACCCAACUAGCAAGCUACCUCUCCGCACGGAUGACCGCAAUUGCCCCCAACUUGACUGCCCUCGUUGGCGAUUUGGUCGGCGCACGACUAAUCGCUCACGCAGGAAGUUUGAUGAAUCUUUCCAAGAGCCCUGCUAGUACCAUUCAAAUUCUAGGAGCCGAAAAGGCCCUCUUCCGCGCUCUGAAAACAAAACACGACACACCCAAGUACGGUCUACUCUAUCAUGCCUCACUCAUUGGACAGGCAUCUGGCAAGAAUAAAGGCAAGAUGGCUAGAGUCUUAGCCGCCAAGGCCGCUUUGGGUCUCAGAGUAGAUGCUUUGCAGGACUGGGGCGAGGAUGAAGCUGAUAUUCCUGAAGACGAAAAGGCUGCACUAGGUCUGGGUGCAAGAGCGUAUCUGGAACGAAAACUUGCGGGGUUGGAGGGCAAACCUAUCAAGCCUAGAGGCGUUGGCAUUGCACCAAAUGGUGUAUCUGCUACGCAGCAGCCGAAAUGGGAGAUCAAAGAGGCCCGAAAGUACAAUCCAGAUGCUGAUGGGCUUGCUGGCGAUGAAGCCCCAGCUAAGAACGAGAAGAAGUCUAAGAAAGACAAGCUCAUUGAGGAAAUCUCAGAUGUGAAUAUGGAGGAUGGAGAGCUUAGUGAUGAUGAGGCAGAAUCCCAACCAGAUGAAUCCAUUGACUCAGAUGAGGCCACCGUCAUCGUACCAGCAAGAGUAAAUGGGGUCAACGGCGUUUCUGAAAAACUAUCCAAGAAGGCCGCAAAAGAUAGGAAGCAUGCCGAGAAAGCUGCUCGGAAAUCCGAGAAGAAAACGACUAAGGGGGAAAAGUCGUCGAAGAAGCAACGUACCGUCGAAGAGCUAGCCGAGCUGGCCGGGCUCAGUGUAACAAGGUACGAGAGAAAGCUUGAGCGUGGAGAGAUUAUCUUCUCGGAAGAUGGCACCCCAUCAGCUGUAUCCAAGAAGGAGAUCAAGAAAGAGAAGAAAAAGGCGGCAAAAGCUGCAGCCAAUGGCGAGGUUGAGGGCAGCAAGAAACGCAAGCGGAUAGAGGAAGAUACCGAGGCCAUCAAGUCAGAAAAGAAGAAGAAACGGAAAGAAAAGGCAUAG